AUGGGAGCUUUUCGGCGGGCAUUUUCAUUGCCAUUACCAGGACAUGGUGAGGAUGAAAACAUUAACAGUAACGUUAUCACAAACAGUGUCCGAGAUCCCGAUGACUCGUAUAACGCAAAGGGGGAUCUCGGCCUUGGACUCGGACUGAAACCUGGUGGCAUUCAAGUAGACAGGGAACUCGAAACGGUCCAUGAAAUUUCCCCGAAAUCAGGAGUUUUAAAGAACGAUUCACUAUGGUCACCAACAACGAAAUCUGUUUCGAUGUUUAGUUUGAAGGGUCCAUCCAGGCGGAGAUCUAACUCAAAGAGCAAAGAGACAGAGCAAGUGCAAUGUGAAGAGGAAUGUGAUGAUGAGGAGUUCCCUACAGUGGAUGGAGUGUCACUGGGUACAUCCAUUCGACAGCAGAAAAAAUUAUAUAAACAUGAUAUACAAGAAAUUAUUAACACAAAGGGGAGUAUCUCCCCUCUUAUGAAGGAAGAGCUAGAUGCUGAUUCACAUUAUGACAGUCGAAAGGUUGCAAAGUCUGAUCAACAUUUGAUAAAAAAGAAAUUAAUAAAAGCACAAGAUGAUGUUGAGCUGUUGAAAAAUGAACUUGAAGCUUGCCAACGACAAUUAGAUAGCAAAUAUCGCGCAAUCAGAAUUCUUCAAAACCAGGCAUUACUAGCCCAAGCCAAUCAGAUUCAGACAACUAUUUCUACGGAGGUGGUCAAAAAGAAACUUGAAAAGGAUGUCAAUAGUCUUCAGUUUGAGUUAGAGCUGAGAAAUGGAAGUAUGAUGUUGAGUGAACAAACCUGGGCUGAAAGAUUUGAUCGAGUAUGUCGAGAGAAUGCGGCAUUGAUGGCCACGCUGGAAGCUAGAUCAGAUGAAUUACGAAAAAUGCAUUCGGAGAAAAUGGCUGUGAUACGCGAGAGAGAUGAACUGAUAUCAAUGAUGGAUGUCAAAGAAAGGUUACAGUAUGAAAGACAUAAAACAACAUCUGAUGCAAGUUACACAAACAAUACUGUAGCUGAGCAGUUGUCUGUUCUUGGUGCUUGUCACUGUAGAGGUAACAAACCAGAGCCAUGUGGGUGUGCCCGUGCUGCUGCCAACCUGAAACGUGAUAAUAACAGACUCCAAGAUGAGAUUCACAGGGUUAAGAAAUCAUGGGAAGACACUCAAGUGAUAGCAGAUGCCUACAGAAUGGCAUUUGAAGAACAGCUGGGAAGGAACAAAACCCUAACUACAAAGCUUGCACAAUGGCUGCAGAAAGAACACAAAAAUAAAAGUAGGAAAAAAGGAUUAAAUUGGAUUGGGAAACCUCUCUCAAAUGGCAAUGGUGGGGUCAAAGAAGUCGAGGCCAAUGGUCAACAUCUUGACCAUAGUAAUGGCAUGCCUAAUGAUCCAGAGAAUGGUGUAAAUAUGCAAAAAUGUACUGUACCAUUUAUAAUUCCAUGUGAUGAAGAUACAGGUGAUAUAGUGAUAACAUUGGCAGAGUUGUUAAAUGAUAAGUGUGAAGCAUUGGCACAUCAAAAAAUGGUGGCAAGAAUGUUAGCGAGGAGAACUCAGGAUCUUGAAGAACGGCUAACAACAGAAGAAGGCAUAUAGGGAUUGAAGAGAUAACAUGGAAUACUUAACAGUGGCAAUAACACAGCUUUUAUACUGAGCAUUAGUCAGGUGAUAAUUUACAAUAUGAACACUCUAUUACGGGGUACAAAAAUCACAUGUGUGUCUUACAAAUGAAUUACUAGGUCA